AUGUUAUCCGUCAUCAAAUACACUCAAUUAAGGAUUUUCAGUCUUUUUGGCCAUUCCAUUUUGCAAGACAUUGAAGAUGCUCCGGAAUAUGCCCAACUUUCUGUGACUUUAAAUGAAAAUCUGCUCACAACUAAUAGGGAGUUUUCUGCCGAAAGAGAAGAUUCAGUUCAUGGAAUAUUACAUAAACUUUACUUCCAUAAAUUUGAUAUUUUCAAGCCAAUGCAUGUAAUGUGGAAAGAUUAUAUAGCUCUACUGCUUAAAUCCACCUGGAGAAAUCAAUUGGCUCAAUGUCUUCUUGGUGCAGAUCUACAUGGUGCUAUUAUUUUUGUUGUGGAUGCUGAGCUAACCCAUUUUACUGUUAUUGGUGGCAUCACGAUUCAUGAAACUUCCGAAGCUUUUGGUAUAGUUACAAAAGACAACAAAUUUCGAGUUGUUCCAAAGAAGGGUUCUGUAUUUGUAUUCGGAUUAGGAUUUUAUCGGUACGCGACAUCUUCAUUCGACAGUUUCCAGUUUACACAUAUUCUUUUCACAUUUUCAUUAAUAAGAUAUUUCGUAGUUUAUACAAAAUUUUGA